AUGGCCGGUAAAUUCUUACGUGAGUUGAUUACGGACUUGUCUCAAGCAGCCACAGAUGGAGCUCAAUCGCAUACAUAUCUAGCCCAACUGGCCGUGAGCCAUGUCGUCAAAAACGAAGAUGCAAGCUUAGAUGAAAUCGCCCAACAUAUCGUGGGGAAUCUUCCGAGCAGAGAACAGCUGUCUUCAUUGAUGCUCUCCCUGAUAGGAUGGACACCGAUGUUGUACAAGCCAUCCAUUAAAAUUUAUCACGAGAAUACGAACAGUUUGAACAUCGAAAGCCAUGGCUUCGAGUGUUUUUUUUUUUUUUUGCAAACGGGGCUCCUUGCUUCGCCUAGCAUAGGGAGACCGUUCACAGGGAUCUUACAUGGGUUUGGCAUUACGCUGCCUGGCCAGGACAUCUUUGAUGUUCCAUCAGCUGCAAUCCGGCGAGGUACACUUGAUGUUACCUACUUGAAUGCGACGCUUUUCGAUGCUGUUGGUAUUGAAAUUGUUUGGACAGCCUGUCUUACUGCGCAUUUGAGCUUCGACGAAACUAAGCGACGCCUCUACCUUUUCGAACUUCCGGCUUUCUGCGUCUUGCACAAGGGCGAUAAGUCUACAUUGACAAAUAAACUUUGGCAGCGACUAUGUGCUGAUGAGAGCCCAACAAAUGAUGAAGACCUCAGUUCAGCGGUGGAGGAGAUGACGCUGUCCUACAACAUAUUAUUUGCUCGUACACGUAGAUCUCGGCGACAGUUUCGUUUGAACGAGAAGCGGCGAUGCAAGAUCACAACCGGUGUGACAGAUUCCUUUCUUGAGAGACUCUGUACCCAAAAGCAAUGCAAGCUCUUACCAGAGAAUGGCCGACUUCGAUCAAGCUAUAGCACAACCGAAGACUUUUAGCCAUUCGGCAGGAGAUUGUCCAUCAUUCAGCAGUUUACUUUGAAACGUGACCCAAAAGGUCUCCGGGAUUUGUGGAAAGACGGGAGAAGUCUUGAAAAGAUCACGACCUUUCAUGCAGUGAUAGUUUUCGGUAGUGUCGGCGUCUUGUUCGGGAUCAUUCAAACCGUCCUAUCUGGGUUUCCAGUUACAUUCUGC